AUGAGUGGCCCGGCUAAAGGAGCAGGCAAUACAACUUUACAUGGGGCGUCGCUGUUCUUCUACCGACGUGAAAAGAGAGCAAAGAUAGAAAAGACGACGCAAAACUCGAAGGACAAGAAGCGUAAAGCGGCUGAACAACGGGAGGAGAAGGCGAAAAAGAAGAAAGAUGGGCUUGAUCUUCUCGAGCGUAUCGAGGAAAUCGAGCUGGAGGAUGAGAAUGUGCCUGUGUACGAUGACUGCGACGACAUUCGCCAGAAGAUCAGCGAGUUCCUAGGAGAGAAAAUCGUGACGCAAGCAGCGUUUCUGACUGCUCUGGGCGUCAGUGCAAACAAUUUGCACUACUUCAUGGGUAUAAGGCGUGGCGCACGGUCGGGUGCUGAGACUGUUGUGUACCGCAAGGCCUAUAUCUUUUUUGAAAAAAAGCGCAUCAUUGAAGGCGGUGCAAAGACCAAGAAACGUUUGGAGAACGAGGAGCGGACGGGCCCCAAGGGAUUUAAAGCUGACCCACGGCCAACGCGUCGUCUACCAUGGUAA